UAUAUUUAUAAUUUCCAAAUGAUGUAGGUGUAGCUCCAUUUUGGGCUGCCAGAUCCUAUUCCUGUCGGUCUAUUGUGUGGAUGGAUGGAUGGAAAGCUGUAUAGGGGGAGGAGGAGGAGGAGGUGAGGGCGAACCGAGCAGAUAAGAGAACUGGCUUAUUGGCUCCGCUGCUGCCUGUAGAGCUCAUAUUUUUUACCAGAAACAACCAAGGGGUCGUGCUGUAUGUGUUACAGGCCGAAAGGCAACGUUAUCGCGGCCUGGGAGCUACCGAGAGGACGGUAGCAUGAUAGUCGUGGAGAGGAAGAAACGGACGGAAGAGGGCCUGUAUCUGCAUUUUACUUCGCCGAAUUCAUUGAGUCGGUAACCAACAGCAGCGUCCGACAUGGGGAAGGAGGUAAAUGGUGUUUCACGGAGUCGGUUUGAGAUGUUCACAAACAGCGACGAGGCAGUCAUCAAUAAGAAGCUGCCCAAGGAGCUGUUGUUAAGAAUCUUCUCCUUUCUGGAUGUGGUGACACUCUGUCGCUGUGCCCAGGUCUCACGGUCCUGGAACGUUCUGGCCUUGGAUGGCAGCAACUGGCAACGGAUCGACCUCUUUGACUUUCAGAGAGACAUUGAGGGCCGGGUGGUGGAGAACAUCUCCAAGCGGUGUGGAGGGUUCCUGAGGAAGCUGAGCCUACGGGGUUGCCUGGGCGUAGGUGACAGCGCCCUGAGGACUUUCUCACAGAACUGCAGAAACAUCGAGCUGCUUAGUCUAAAUGGCUGCACUAAGAUCACAGACAGCACGUGUAACAGCCUCAGUAAGUUCUGUCCAAAGCUGAAGCACCUGGACCUCGCCUCCUGUACCUCAAUCACAAACCUGUCACUCAAAGCUCUCAGUGAGGGCUGCCCCCUGCUAGAGCAGCUCAACAUCUCCUGGUGUGAUCAGGUCACAAAAGAUGGCAUCCAGGCCCUGGUGCGUUCGUGCCCUGGACUAAAAGGCCUUUUUCUCAAGGGAUGCACACAGCUAGAGGAUGAGGCUCUGAAGCAUAUUGGGGCUCACUGUCCAGAGCUGGUUACACUCAACCUGCAGACAUGCUCUCAGAUCACAGACGAGGGCCUCAUCACAAUUUGCAGGGGUUGUCACCGCCUGCAGUCUCUGUGUGUGUCCGGCUGUGCCAAUAUCACAGACGCCAUCUUGCACGCACUGGGACAGAACUGCCCUCGCCUCAGAAUAUUAGAAGUAGCUCGCUGCUCUCAGCUUACAGACGUGGGCUUCACUACAUUAGCAAGAAAUUGUCACGAGCUGGAGAAGAUGGAUCUAGAGGAAUGUGUGCAGAUCACAGAUGGAACACUUAUCCAGCUGUCCAUCCACUGCCCUCGUUUGCAAGUCCUGAGUCUGUCUCACUGUGAGCUGAUCACUGAUGAUGGCAUCAGACACCUGGGCAGUGGCCCCUGUGCUCAUGACCGUCUGGAGGUGAUCGAGCUGGACAACUGCCCCCUGAUCACAGAUGCCUCGUUGGAGCACCUGAAGAGCUGCCAUAGUCUGGAUCGCAUCGAGCUGUACGACUGCCAGCAGAUCACGCGUGCCGGCAUCAAGAGACUAAGGACCCAUCUGCCCAACAUCAAAGUGCAUGCAUACUUCGCUCCCAUCACUCCGCCCCCCUCUGUCGGAGGCAGCCGUCAGAGGUUUUGUCGCUGCUGUGUCCUGUUAUGAUGUAAAGACAACAACCCCCCCCUUUCCUUACCCGGUGUCCCUCGUACAUGCUCCCCACAGCCUGUCACUUGACCCCUGACCUGCUGUCCCCCUCCUGGCCGCUCUGUCAGAACGUACAUGCUGGUGUGCACCCCGCACCCUCCAUCCCCUUUUUGGAGCUGCAGAGAGAGGGUGAGAGCUAAAUCACGCUACAGGGUCUCUGGUAACUUUCCCAAAAACAUUCCCAAAACUGGCCGCCACACAGUCCACAUCAGGCGAAAUACAGACACAUGCACAGAUUAAGAAGAAUGUCUGAACAUUCCUGGUUGGUGUUCAGAGGACAAGCCAGUAUUACAAAGAGGGUUAUGUAAAACAUCAAAUGUGAUCGCCACUGUUAAAGGAUUUAACUCCUCAUUGGGUAAAGUACAAAAGAAUUGUUUAAAGGAUUACAGAACAAGACUUUAACAUCAAAAACAACAACUGCUCCAUAUUUGAGGGGAGUUAUUCUCGACUUUGAGACAGAUUACGGUCACACUGAGGAGGUGAAAUCACUCUUAACUUCUCACACAUAGUUCCCUCAGUGUUUAAGGUCACCCAACAGCUACCUCCAGACAAGAACUGCACUCGAGUAAGACCUGUGUUAGCUUCGAUCUGCAGGCUGUUCAUUUCAGAAAGGGGAAGCAGUGCAGCAAGUUAACUGCCAACACCCCAAACACAUAGCAAGCAGCAGCAAGCAUACUCUGUGAUUCAUUAUUAUUAUUGUAUUUUUUUUAAAAGCAUACUUGCAUCUUUUUGCACUUCCAGUAAAGCAAUGACGAGACACUUUACAAAGACAGCCUUCUUUGAAAUUUAGGGCUGGCAGUUAAGACUUCCCUUUUCAUGCGCACACUGAGCUUGCUACACCUGUACCCUCAACCUCUCUCUGUCCCUCUGUCACAAUCAGAAGCUUCAAUAUACUGAAGAGAAAAAAAAAGACAAAGUUUAAUAUUUUUCUAAAAAUGGACACCAAUUAAGACUUACAAGUGGGGACGAGAAGAUGCCAAAUGUUGCAUGUAACAACUCUAGUUUUUUAAAGUCUAACUGUACAUAUACAAGAAGACUGCGGAGUGGACAGAGAGUCAAAGCCAGCGAAGCAACAGAAGACAAUGUGAGACUGCUGUUCAUGGAUCUUCCUGAGGGAUCUAUGGAAGAUCACUUGGGCUCCAUGCAGUACAGACGUGUGUUGAAAUAUGCUCAGGAGCUUUGGACAAACAAACUGAGCCGGCUCUUUAUCUGGAGUUUCAGAGGAACUGAUGCCGGCCUGUUGAAGCUCAUGUCAGAAACUAAAAAAGUUACAAAACCCUCUGAGAAACAAAGGGUCUGACAUCACAUGACAUGAAUCCAUGCUGUCAGACUGAUACAACGGAAAGAAGAAGCCAACUGAAAACAAUCAAAGUAAUUCUUUCUUUUAGUUGUUUUGAUUUCAUUUAGUCGGUUUGAUUUCUUUUAGUCGCUCUUGUGUUCACACUGGUGACGGUUCUGAUGAUGAGGAACUGAAUCGAGCGCAGCGGCGAGAGGACUUGCCCGGUGUCAGAGUGGCAUUGGCGACUCCUCAACUCCCAUGAGGCCUUGCAAGGGACGAAGUGAUAGAGCGUUACACUCUGCCACCUGUGACUUCCUCAAUAUGUCUGAGACCAGUCCCGCUGCUGGAGGUAAAGACCGGAUCAGACUGGUGGAGUCACUGCAAGAGGAGGUCAACUGAAUCUUGAAACUUGAGCACAUGACUCUGGCCUGCUGACAGAGACGAUGGAAUGAUUUUUUGUCACGAUGGAGGGCUGCCAUGGACUUCAGCCCCCUGCCCUAUGAAGUAUUGAAGCCUUUUCUUAUGGAUUAUCUUCUCCUGCACUUGCACCUGCUUUACUCUGUGUCUCUCUUCCCCCUUUCAUUUUAUAAACGUGUCUUUUUCUGCUCUCCUGUCUGCUCUCCUCUGGAUCUCCACUGUUUCUCUUCUUUAGCAGUUCUGUUUUGGUGUGGUUUGGAUUGCACCUGCUUUGUGUUUGAAGUCAUGAGUUCAGUGUCUCCAAGUUGAGUUUGAGUCCUCUUCCAGUCCUCAGAUUUGAUCUGAUGCUGUUUGUGUUUCUAUUAAGAGUUUAUUGUUACUUAAUGUCCAGAGUGUAGCCUUUGUCCAGGGAAGUGUUGGCGCCAGUGCAAUUGUAAUAAAUGUUCAAAUUUGA